UCUCAGUGUCGUUUUCUUUGACAACAUCAUCGAAACCGAGUCUCACUCUAAGCUCUGUGUGUACUUUCACUUCUUCACACACCCAUGACGAGAACUCUCUGGAGGUAACGCCAUCUCCUCCCAAAUGUCCCACCCUCGCCGGGGAGUAUGAAGAAGAUCACCGGCAAAGAGGAGCCUCCGACGACAUUUUCGGCGACCAAAGCUUUGAAUCUGAAACCGGGAUCGGAUCUCGACUUCUCGCGCAAAUCCACACUCCGCAAGACCCGGAACCCGAGCCUGACCCGGUUGAAGCGUACCGGAGCUCCAGUUGGGAGACGGAGCCGGCCCGAGACGCCGUUGCUGAAAUGGAAGACAGAAGAUAAGAAGAAAACUCCCGCUGUUGAGGAUGAGGAGCUGGAGGGUGACCGGAGAGGUCGCAGGAGAAGCGCGAAGGUGGUAUCGGCGAGGAAACUUGCCGCUGGCCUUUGGAGGAUGCAGCUGCCGGAGACCGUCGCCAGUGGUGGUGGGGAUAGGAGCAGGGAUCGGUUAGAGAUUCAGCCUUCUUCCAGUCAUGUUGGCGUCUCAUUUAUAUCUCGUCAAAGCGGCAAAGCAUAUGAGGAAGAUCCAAAGGAUCCAUUACUAAGCCCCUGUUCUAUUUCUAGUGGAAAGAAUGGAUUCUUAUAUAAGCUUGAACCAGCAUUUCAGUUUUCCAACCCUCUAAUGGAGGGUGCGACAAAGUGGGAUCCUGUUUCUUUGGAAACGACAGAUGAGGUCUGUCAGAUAUAUGGACAGAUGAAGCGCCUGGACCAGCAAGUAAGUGCUGUAUCAGUGGUUUCUGCACUUGAAGCUGAACUGGAGCAGUCUCGAGCUCGCAUUCAGGAGCUGGAGACCGAACGUCGGUCCUCCAAAAAGAAACUUGAGCAAUUCCUGAGGAAAGUCAGCGAGGAGAGGUCUGCAUGGCGUAGUAGAGAGCAUGAGAAAAUCCGAGCAUUUAUAGAUGAUAUGAAAUCUGAUUUAAGCCGAGAAAAGAGAAGUCGUCAUAGGUUUGAAAUUGUUAACUCCAAAUUGGUUAAUGAGCUUGCUGAUGCUAAGAUAUCAGCAAAGCGAUAUAUGCAGGAUUUUGAAAAGGAAAGAAAAGCCAGAGAAUUGAUUGAGGAAGUUUGUGAUGAGCUUGCUAAGGAGAUUGGAGAGGACAAGGCUGAAUUUGAAGCAUUGAAAAGGGAAUCUAUGAAAUUUCGGGAGGAAGUAGAUGAGGAAAGGAAAAUGUUGCAGAUAGCUGAGGUCUGGCGCGAAGAACGUGUGCAGAUGAAGUUGGUUGAUGCUAAGGUGGCACUUGAACAGAGGUAUUCUCAAAUGAACAAGCUUGUAGCAGAUUUAGAAACUUUUCUGAGGUCAAGAAAUGCAAUUCUAGAUGUGAAGGAAAUGCAAGAAGCAGAGUUGCUUCGACAGGCUGCUGCAUCAAUUAAUGUUCAAGACAUCCAGGAGUUUACAUAUGAGCCACCUAAUCCAGAUGAUAUUUUCUCUGUUUUCGAAGAUUUCAAUUUUUGUGAACAAAAUGAGAGGGAAAUUGAAGCCUCUGCAGCAUGUAGUCCUGCUAGUCAUGCUUCGAAAAUUCAUACAGUGAGUCCUGAGGUCAAUGUGGUUAAUAAGGACGGCAUUCAGAAAUACUCGAAUGCAUACAAUGAUCCUGAUGAGGAAAUAGAAGAAGAUGAAAGUGGGUGGGAAACUGUCAGCCAUCUUGAGGAUCAGGGAUCAAGCUAUUCACCAGAGGGGAUUGCCAUGUCUGUCAACAAGAAUCACCGAAACAGUAACGUAUCAGGAAGUGGAACUGAACGGGAAGAAAAUGGAUGCGGAGAAACGCCAAUUACAGAAAUCAGUGAAGUCUGUUCAAUGCCGACCAAGCAACUAAAGAAGGUGUCGUCCAUAGCCAGCCUCUGGAGAUCAUGCCCGAUCAAUGGUGAGAACUACAAAAUAAUAACUGUUGAGGGAAUAAAUGGUAGGAUAUCGAAUGGGAGGAAAUCCAGUGUGGGUAUUGUUUCUCCUGACCAGGGGUCCAGUAACGGUGGCGUCAGCCCCCCUGAUCUGGUGGGCCACUGGAGUUCUCCUGACUCUGGAAAUCCUCACAUAGCUCGAGGGAUGAAAGGAUGCAUCGAAUGGCCUCGUGGUGCGCAGAAGAACAGUUUGAAGGCAAAGCUUUUGGAGGCAAGAAUGGGGAGCCAGAAAGUCCAACUGCGUCAUGUUCUUAAGCAGAAGAUCUAGAUAACUUAAACGCUUGGUACAAAUAAGGUAAUUGAACAAAUGGGAAACUGUUAUGGAAUCAUGUUCAUUCUAGAAUUUGAAAUGAUAAUAUUAAACAUGUUCCCGGUAGAAACUGGAAUGAUGAGCAUUUUCAUCUUCUUCUGUAUUUCUCUCUUUCUGGAAGUAAAUUUUACAUUUUUGAGCUCC